AUCGGAUUAGAAAAGAAGCAGUGGUUUAAGUCCUGACUUUAUGUAGUGGCGCGGGCAGGGAAACCGGGAUAUGAGUCCAUCACUGUGUUUCUGUGGUAAGUCCUCAGUAGGUUCUGUAAGUUAGGCUUGUCUUUUUCACUUACAAGUGGGAAAUUGAUAAUUAAAUGUAAGCAAAGUCUGCCUGUGCCUUCUGUAAUGUCUCAAUCAGUGUCUUAAUCUCUGACACUUUAUUUUACUCGUCCCAUAGUUUCAUAACAAUCUCCUAAAACAAAACUGAUGUCUUAUAGAAAGGUUUUUUAUGAAAAAUAGAAUUUAUUGGUUGGGAACCUGCAGUAUAACAUGCUCACAACAUGUUACCUGCAAAAAUGUAGAAUUUGUCCAAAAAAAAAAAAAGAUUUUAACAAAUAAAUGAACAUUUAAUUGUAUUUAAAUGGAUCCAUCUCUUUUUUGAAGCAAUAUGAAUGUAAUAGUUCUUUAAAGAAAUUCCUGCGAAUGAAUUCUACAUAACUAAUAACUGUUAUUUAAGUUCCUGUUUCCGUUAUCUAAUAAAUAAGAUGUUGUUUACUAUCAGUCUCAGAUCUUAGUGUCUAUUUUUCUGUAAUUACUGUGGUAUGUGCAUACUGAUUACAGUUUCUGGGAAUUUAAUUGAGAAUCUUAGAUGGACAUGUGAGCAAGAAUGUGUGAGAUGCCAUGGUUUAACCAGGGUGGUGCUAACUUCCAGGUUGGCCGGAAAUAUGUCAUCUUUGUGCACUUAUCAGACAUCAUCAGUCACACAUGUCAUCAAAUGCAUCAGGCUCUUACAGUCUUUAACCGCCAAAUGUGACUACUGUGGACAAGACAAGCAUGUUAUGCUUCAUUGUCAAAAAUAUCAAACAGACAAAAAUUCAAACAUUCAAAAUUUGAGAAAGAUAGAAAAUAAAAUUUGAUUUUAAAUACAUCCAAUACAAAAGAACUCAAAGGAAUGCUAUCAGAUCCUAUUUGAGUAUCUAAGAAUAACAAAUCUGAGUGGGAGAAUAUGAGGGUUUAUUAUUAUUAUUACUGGAGUAUGAGUAGGCUACUACACAUUCUGAUCCACACGCCAUUCCAGUUGGUGACGUAAUGCACCAAUUCGUUGUUUGCCAACCGCCAAAGUUCAAAGAAGAAGAAGUAAUCUCUAACGGCGCGAACAGCACAACUUGACGUUCAGUCAUCUUUUCGCUCUGUGUCACUGAGUCCCUGUAAGGCCAGAUCUGCACCUCAGGCCAACCACUGAGUCUGUGUUUUUCGGGAAGGCCUCUGUUGAGUCCCAGAGGAGAAGACAUGGCCAAUAACUCUUUUCGUGGGUCCAAACAUGGCCGACGUGAUGAGGCCAACCACGAGGCAGAGUUCAGCUGCUCGCUGCUUGAGUUGCGUGAGGUCAUGGAGCUCAGAGGUCCAGAAGCAAAGACCAAAAUCGAGAAAACUUACGGAGACGUUAACGGACUGUGUGCCAGACUGAGGACGUCACCUGUUGAAGGUUUAGAUGGAAAGGCAGACGAUAUCGCCAGACGGAAAAAGGAGUUCGGACAGAACGUCAUUCCUCCUAAAAAGCCAAAAACCUUUUUGCAGUUAGUGUGGGAAGCCCUGCAGGAUAUCACGCUUAUAAUCCUGGAAGUGGCAGCCAUCGUUUCUCUAGGCCUUUCUUUCUACAAACCGCCAGAUGCAGAUAGACAGCACUGUGGCAGUGCGGCUGGCGGCGUGGAGGAGGAGGGCGAGGCGGAGGCUGGGUGGAUCGAAGGUGCUGCCAUCCUGCUAUCCGUGGUAUGUGUGGUCCUGGUGACGGCCUUCAACGACUGGAGUAAAGAGAAGCAGUUCCGCGGCCUCCAGAGCCGCAUCGAGCAGGAGCAGAAGUUCACCGUGGUCCGAGGGGGGCAGGUGACCCAGAUCAAUGUGUCCGAGAUCGUUGUCGGAGACAUCGCACAGGUCAAAUACGGUGACCUCCUCCCCGCCGACGGCAUCCUGAUCCAGAGCAACGAUCUGAGGAUUGAUGAGAGCUCUCUGACCGGGGAGUCGGAUCAUGUCAAGAAGAGUGUCAACGAAGACCCCAUGAUGCUGUCAGGUACCCAUGUGAUGGAAGGCUCUGGCAAGAUGGUGGUCACCGCCGUGGGCGUUAACUCUCAGACAGGCAUCAUCUUCACGCUGCUCGGUGCCGGCGAGGAAAGUGGCAGCGAUAGCGAGGAGAAGGCUGAGAAAGAAAAAAAGAAAAAAGAGAAAGAGAAAGAGAAGAAGAAAGAAGAGGAGAAGAAAAAGAAAGAGAAGGACAAGAAAAGGAAAAACAAGGACGUGGAGAUGGAGCCGCUCAACGACGACGGAGAUCCAGAGAAGAAGAAUAAGAACCUACCAAAGAAGGAGAAGUCUGUCCUUCAGGGGAAGCUGACCAAACUGGCCGUGCAGAUCGGCAAAGCAGGUCUGAUUAUGUCGACUGUCACCGUCCUCAUCCUCAUCACUCGCUUCCUGAUCGAUACCUUCCUGAUUCAGGGGGUUCCCUGGUCCUCAGAGUGUGUGCCCAUCUACGUGCAGUUCCUCGUCAAAUUCUUCAUCAUCGGCGUGACGGUGCUGGUGGUGGCCGUGCCUGAAGGUCUCCCUCUGGCCGUCACCAUCUCCCUGGCCUAUUCAGUCAAGAAAAUGAUGAAGGACAACAACCUUGUCCGCCACCUGGACGCCUGUGAGACGAUGGGCAACGCCACAGCCAUCUGCUCCGACAAGACGGGGACACUCACCAUGAACCGCAUGACAGUGGUGCAGGCCUACAUCGCAGGAUGCUACUUCAAAGCGGUGCCGGAGCCGAGCAAGAUCCCUGCCAACAUACUGGAACUGCUCAUUCUGGGCAUCGGGGUCAACUGCGCCUACACCACCAAGAUUAUGCCUCCGGAGAAGGAGGGCGGGCUGCCGCGCCAGGUAGGAAACAAGACAGAAUGUGCCUUACUGGGCCUCGCCCGCGACCUGCACCGAGACUACCAGAGCGUCCGCAAUGAAAUCCCAGAGGAGAAACUGUUCAAAGUCUACACCUUCAACUCUGCGAGGAAGUCCAUGAGUACUGUGCUAAAGAACCAUGACGGCAGCUACCGAAUGUUCAGCAAGGGGGCCUCUGAGAUCCUGCUCAAGAAGUGCUGUAAGAUCCUAAUAGCCAGCGGUGAAGCUAAAGACCUCAAACCUCGGGACCGAGACCAUUUAGUGAAGAAGGUGAUUGAGCCAAUGGCGUCGGAGGGCCUGAGGACCAUCUGUCUCGCCUACAGAGACUUCCCCACCGCUGACGGAGAGCCGGACUGGGACAACGAGGCACACAUCCUCUCCAGUCUCACCUGCAUCGCCGUGGUUGGGAUUGAGGAUCCUGUGCGGCCUGAGGUACCGGAGGCCAUCAGGAAGUGCCAGCGGGCCGGGAUCACUGUCCGCAUGGUGACCGGGGACAACAUCAACACUGCACGGGCCAUUGCUAUCAAAUGCGGCAUCCUGCAACCAGGAGACGAUUUCCUGUGUAUGGAGGGAAAAGAGUUCAACAAACAGAUCCGAAACGAGCUAGGAGAGAUCGAGCAGGAGCGUAUUGAUAAGAUUUGGCCAAAGCUGAGAGUCCUCGCCAGGUCGUCGCCAACUGACAAACACACUCUGGUCAAAGGUAUCAUCGACAGCACGGUGCUGGAGCAGAGGCAGGUUGUCGCGGUUACCGGAGAUGGAACAAAUGACGGACCCGCCCUCAAGAAAGCAGACGUCGGCUUUGCCAUGGGCAUCGCAGGGACGGACGUGGCGAAGGAGGCGUCGGACAUCAUCCUGACGGACGACAACUUCACCAGCAUCGUGAAGGCUGUGAUGUGGGGCAGGAACGUGUACGACAGCAUCUCCAAGUUCCUGCAGUUCCAGCUCACCGUCAACGUAGUCGCCGUCAUCGUGGCCUUCACUGGAGCCUGCAUCACCCAGGAUUCUCCCCUGAAAGCUGUGCAGAUGUUGUGGGUCAACCUCAUCAUGGACACCUUCGCUUCGCUGGCUCUCGCCACCGAGCCGCCAACCGAGUCGCUGCUGCUCCGGAGCCCGUACGGCCGCAAGAAGCCGCUCAUCUCACGCACCAUGAUGAAGAACAUCCUGGGACACGCCAUCUACCAGCUGACUGUAAUCUUCACCCUGCUCUUCGUUGGCGAGACUUUUUUUGACAUCGACAGCGGCAGGAACACGCCCCUCCACGCCCCGCCCACCGAGCACUACACCAUCGUGUUCAACACGUUUGUCCUCAUGCAGAUCUUCAACGAGCUCAACGCCCGCAAGAUUCACGGAGAGAGGAACGUCUUCGCGGGCAUGUUCAAGAACCCCAUAUUCUGUUCCAUUGUCCUGGGAACUUUAAUCAUACAGUUCAUCAUCGUGCAGUUUGGUGGUAAACCGUUCAGCUGUGUGAGUCUGACCCUCAGCCAGUGGCUGUGGUGCAUCUUCCUGGGGCUUGGCAGCCUCCUGUGGGGUCAGCUGGUGUCCAGUAUCCCCACCAACUGGCUCAAGUUCCUGAAGACAGCGGGUCACGGCACGCAGCAGGAGGAGAUCCCUGAGGAGGAGCUGGAGGAGAUGAAGGACCUCGACGCCAUUGACCACGCUGAGAUGGAGCUGAAGAGGAGCCAGGUGCUCUGGUGCCGAGGCCUCAACCGCAUUCAGACGCAGAUCCGUGUGGUGAACGCCUUCAGAGACAGCGUGUCUCCCUACGAAGGUCUGGAGACGCCUGAAUCUCGCAGCUCCAUCCACAACUUCAUGAGCCAGCCCGAGUUCCGCAUCGAGGACUCUGAGCCUCACAUCCCCCUGAUCGAUGAGGGCGAGGGCGAGGGCGAGGAUGAUGCCCCCACCAAACGAAACUCCAUCAUCAUCCCGCCGCCGCUAACCGGACUGUCCAACCUGCCGCCAUCCUCGCCCAACCAGAACAACAACGCCAUGGACCGCAUUGUCCCGCUGCACAAGGACGGCUCCAGGUCCGGUCUAAUCCCGUCUAACUCAGCGGGGCUGCCGCCGUGUCCGGGGAGCCCCCUGCACAGCCUGGAGACCUCACUAUGAAGCCCCUGUGACCACUUCCUGUUCCAGUGGUCUGUCCUGUUCGUACUGUGUUCCUCGUGGCGAGAGCGCUGCGUCCUCUGAGAGCGGAGGAAUAGAAAAACAUUUUAAGAACAGACUCGCCUGGUCGUUGCUCGUCAGGAGUUCAACUGCUGGUUUUUAGAUUCCAGGAAGCAGAAAUGUUUCCAGAUGAGUUUGUUGUUGUGUUCGAAGCGGCGGCAGGUCGACAGACUGUUUUCAUCUUCCCUGAUGUUUUCUUUCUUUACUUUAAUGAACUCUGCAGUUGUUAUUUAGGUGAAGAGUGUUUGUGAAGUGGUCAAUCAAUAAUCAGUUUCUGAUCUGUAAAUAUCGAUGUUGAUGUUCAGACGUAGUCAGGGCUCAUUUAAAUCUCCAGUGUUCCUGUUUGUCAGCGCACCAGCUGACGUGAGCCGACGGUGAUGAGUUAAGGUUAAAGGUUAGUUUGUGUGGAGGUUUAACUUUAAAGGAUGUGUGACUGAAACGUGUAGUCAGUCAUCUUUAA